AUGGGGGCUCAGUCCGCCCUCAUCGAGCCCUUCCAGUCCGCAGGGAUCCGCGCUCUCGAGCUGCUGGCGCUGCGCCAGUCCCUGCUCUCGGCGGUGCCCCAGUGCCCCGCUGUCUCGCUGGCGUGCCCGCCCGCGAACGUCACGUGCCCCGUCCAGGUCUCCCCAGCGCUGGCCUGCCCCACGCCAGCGUGCCCCGUGCCGCUGGUGAACCUCUCCUGCCCGCCUGCAGGAGUGGCGCUCGGGCCUGACGGGCUUGACGUGCCCUCGGCCUGCUGGGGCUACCUGGCGGGAGUCUCCGCGGGGCUCGGGCUGGGCGGAUCUCGGCAGGAGUGGGAGAUCGAGCGCGAGAGCAGCUGCAGCUCAUCAGGAGACGCAAUGGCGAGGGUAGGUGACUACGUGCUCUUCCAGUACGACUUGCCUGGACCGCCGGUGUAUCCAGAGAGGCUCGUGACAGGGCUCUCGAUAGGCGGUCCAGGUCUCGUCAGCACGUACUCGCCAGAGGGAGACCACUACGCAGAAUAUGCAACGUCUGACGACCUCAGAGAUGUGCGGUGGUCGGGGGCGCAGGGCGCGACCCCGCCCGGUGUCAACCCGGCCCACGUCUAUCGCUCCCGCCAGGUGCCGACGGCGGCGGAGGUCCAGCAGCUGAUCCGCGAGGGCUCGCUCCUCGUCGGGGGCGUGGCGCCGCCCGCGGCCGCUGCUCCCCCCGCCGCAGCGGCGCCCGCGGCGGGUCUUCCCGCGGUGGCCGCACCACAGGGGGCCAUCGUGCCUCGCGGCGCUGGCGUGGUGGGAGGGGUCCCGCGCGCGGGACCCGCGGCCGCCCCCGCAGCGGCUGGCACAGUGUGGCUGGCGAUCGAGGACUACCAGGGGGUGCGGCGCGGCGAGCAGAUGCCUGACCCUCUCCCGCAGGGCGCCGUCGUGCACGGGGAGCUGGCGCUGUUGCCUCAUGCAGGGGGCUUCGUCGGAGCGCGCCAGGUGGCCCUAGCCGACGUGGACGCCUUCGUCGUGGACGACCUGCGCGUGCUGCCAGUGCGCUUCAACCAGCAGGGCGCGCGCCGCCGCCCAUACAGCGAGGCCGUGGACAUGCAGAUCGUGGACGAGCCUGAGGGCGGCAUCAUGCUGCAGGGGCCGCGCACUACGGACUGGGUGCUGAGGCGAAGGCUGGCUCACAGGCGGCAGACGGAGCAGUGUGCCAAUGAUGCCAUUGCGGGCCUCGCCGCUCUCCAUCCUCCUUGCGAGCAGCGUGGGCCCACCACGGCGGCUCAGCGACUCGCGACCGCCACCUUUUUGAACGAGGUCAGGACGGCCCCGAAGUCUGACACUCACUUUUCUCGCCGUGGAGCCGCGGAGGAGCUCCUGGCCUCCAGCCUGUCCUGCACCGCGGACGAGGCACCAAGUCCCGUGGUAAGGUACGUCAGAUCCCGAGUCGACAUCCCAGAAGUGGGUGCGGUCAUACCUCCUGUCGAGUCGGUGCUCGACGGGAUCGGGAGGAGCUACGUGCUGGACUACGAACAAGCGAUGAUGAAGACUCCUGACGAGUGGUCCCGCGUCUUGAAUAGAGAGCCGCCCGUCACGGCCCCGAAGUCUGACACUCACUUUUCUCGCCGUGGAGCCGCGGAGGAGCUCCUGGCCUCCAGCCUGUCCUGCACCGCGGACGAGGCACCAAGUCCCGUGGUAAGGUACGUCAGAUCCCGAGUCGACAUCCCAGAAGUGGGUGCGGUCAUACCUCCUGUCGAGUCGGUGCUCGACGGGAUCGGGAGGAGCUACGUGCUGGACUACGAACAAGCGAUGAUGAAGACUCCUGACGAGUGGUCCCGCGUCUUGAAUAGAGAGCCGCCCGUCACUCCCUACACGGACGAAGUUUUCAAGCGUGACCCUGUGGCGUACAACACCUUCAUCGGCGACCUGGUGAAGGAGGACGGCAGCUUCAGCACCAAGCUCUUCUGUGCCCAGGCUGAUGUGCGCAACUACUUCUACGCUCUCGGCCUGAGGGAGGAGCUGGGACUGCUCUUCUCGCUGCCGCCGGUGUCACAGGCUUCCUUGUCGCAAUGGGGGGUUGAGGCAGUGGACACUCCCGAGGGCCCCUCAGGGGGCUGGGUCUGGCCGUUCCUGCGGGUCGUGCCGAUGGGCUGGUCUUGGGCUUUCUGGCUUGGGCAGCGUGCGAAUGCGCACGUCUGCUGCUCUGCCUCGGGGCUCGGGUUCCCGCGGGUGCUGACCGAUCACGGUCCGGUGCCCCCGCUCGACGAGGGGGUCCCUUGCCUCCUACCCUAUUGCGAUAACAUCAACGUCAUCGGCACCGACCCUGUCAAAUGCAAUGUCCUGAUGCACCAGAUCUGCGACGCCUGGAGGAAGCAUGGCGUGCAGAUCCACGAGGUGGUUGAGGCCACCGACGUCUUCACCAGCCUCGGCCGCCUGAUCGACGGCGCGUCUGGGCGAGUUUUCUCGCGGCCCGAGCGCUCCGAGCGCCUCCGCCAGGCCUCACUGUGGCUAGAGCAGCGCCCUAGAAUCACGGAGAGGGAGGUGGAGAGGUAUGUGGGUGAUCUCCUUGAUCAUUUGAUGCUGAAGAGGGAGCUGCUCUCGAUCCUCAGGAGCUUGUAUGAUUUCGUCAGAGAUUGCUAUCACGUGCGAGCCCGUCUCUGGCCCUCAGCUGCCCGCGAAGUCGAGCAGUGCCGUCGCUUGCUGCCGCUGGUGUCUGCUAACCUUCGGCUUCCGUGGUCGCCGACGGUCUUCGCUUACGACGCUUGCCUGACGGGUAUGGCGACGUGCCAGACAACACUGUCAUCGGAUCUUGUCAAGCGCAUCGGGUCAGUCAGUGAGAGAUGGAGAUAUCGCAUGCCUUUGGCUAUCUCGGCACGCCGGUCAGCUCUGGGAGUCCGUUCUGGAUGCUACGAGGCCUCGGAGGGGCCGUUCGACGUCUUCAGCGACAUCGAGACCGUCAAGGCCCCCGGGAGCACCAGCAUGGACCUUGUCAAGGACCCUUGGGAGCUCAACCCGCAGUUCACAGAGGUGCCCGUCCAGGCUCUGCAGGGCCCCCAGUGGAAGCAGGUGGUCUCGGCCAGGGUUCACGUCAAGAAGCCCAUCACAAUUAUCGAGGGGAGGGCUUCGAACAUGACAUCACGUCAUAUCACAAGGGCACAGGCCUCCUUUGGUCUCCGUCAUCUGCGUUUCGGGGACCUCGGCACCGUGCUCGCGCUCGGCGCUGGGAUGCCAAGUCGGGAGGUAUCUCGCCUGCCCCGCGCGGCGGCCGUCAAGCGCCCGGCUGCCAGCCCCAAGAUUGUGCAGAAGAGCUUCUUGAAGGGCAGGCCGUUCGUUGGGGCGACGAAGGAGGAGAGGAUCGCUCACCGUCUGCGGGCCUCUGGGCCGUUCGCGAUGGUGGGGGAGGACGAGAGGAGCGUCCUGGAGUGGAACGCGGUGGCGCCCGAGACCCAGGUCGACCUGGCGCUGAUGAACUACGCCGAUUACGCCUGGAGAAUCGGGCUCGAGAGAGCCGCCGUCCUGAAAACAUAUGCCGCGUACAUCUCGGCGCACCCCGACUUUUCCCGAAAGGGGUCGCUCCGCCUGCCGCGUUUCUGUCGGGCCCUCCAGGGCUGGAAGCGCCUGGACCCAGGCCAGACGCGCCCGCCGAUGCCCUGGCAGGUGGUCGCGCUGGUCGCACUGGUGAUGGCCACGCAGCUGGGGUCCCCGCACGCGGCGCUCAUGGUGGUGACGAUGUUCUGGGUGUACCUCAGGCCCUCCGAGGCCGUCGGCCUGCGCGAGCAGGACCUCCUCCCCUCGGGCUCGUGCACGGAUUACGGCUUCAACCUGCACCCCAGCGCGAGGGGCGAGUACAGCAAGACCAGCUUGUCGGACGAGAGCUUGCUCCUCGAUUCGGUCGAGGUGCCCUGGCUGGGCCCGCUGCUGGCGCGCGCGAGGUCGGGAGACCCGCAGGCGCCGCUGUUCCGUCUCACCGCCGCGCAGCUCGGCGUCCUGUGGCGCCAGUCGCUGGAGCGGGCCGAGGUGCCCACCAGGCGCGGGCGGUGGGCCAGCGACUACACGAUGAAGCGCUACGAGGCCCAUGCGCUGGUGCAGCAGGAGCUCGCAGCGCCCCCGGUCGACGUCCGCCGCAGGGCCGAGGCGGCGCGCGCGAAGCUGCACGCAGAGCUCGAGAGGCUCCUGGCGCGGCCCCAGAGGCCGCGGACGGCCGCGCCGUCGGCGCGGCUGCAGGCGGCGCCCGCGCCCAGCAUGCGCCGCCCCGCACCUUCUGCCAAGCUCAUGUGCGGCUCCGCCGCCUUGGCCAAGGCCGUCCACGCCGCCGGCUGGGCUUCGGAAGGCUGGGGCUACGCUGAUGACCCGCGAGCCGACCUUCUUGAUGAAUCCCUCAUCGACAGUCUGGUAUUGAGGAUCUCACGGAAGGAGGUCGCGGGGGUGCAUGUCGGCCUGGACUGCAAAACGUGGAGCCGGGCAAGGAAGAAUGAUGGACGGGGUCCGCCGCCACUCAGGGACGACGCGAACCUGCACGGCCUCCCUCUGCUGGCGGCGGCGGACGCUGAGAAGGUUAGGAUCGCCAAUCGUCUGCUCGCUAAUGUUCUGCGCCUGCUGGCUGCUGCCGUCGAGGCGGGAGUCCCUUUCUCUCUCGAGAACCCUCGCUCGUCUCGCCUCUGGCUGGUCCCGGAGCUUCUGGACAUGGCCCGCGAAGCUCACGCCGAGUGGGCUUCUGUUGAUUACUGCCAGUAUCAG